AUGGUAGUUGAUAUAGGAGGAGGUACAGUUGAUAUUACUGUACAUGAUAAGAGUAAUGGGAGAAUUAGUGUAGUACUACCACCAAUGGGGAACACCUGGGGAGGUAUUACUGUCAAUGAAGCAUUUUCAGAAUUACUAGAAGAAGCAGUAGAUGAUAAAGGAUUCACGAUUUUGUCAAAAUCCAAUGAUUCCAAUCCCAUUUUUGCCAAAGCUACACUAAAUAGAAUAUUUUACGAAAAGUUUGAAGAGCAAAAAAAAAUAUUUGGAAAUGCGACACCAGGUCUCAGUAGAGUAAGAUUUUCAAUGCCAAAGGCUUUUACCAAGCAGUAUGACAAUGAUAUUCCUAAAAAAUCAAGGAAGAUACAUUAUGAUCCAGAAAAUGAGUCAUUAACCAUAGGAUACGACCUAUUGGAGGAGGUAUUCCAAUUCACAAUAAAUAAAAUCCUUGAAUGUGUGAGAACAGCACUUGAUGAGGUUAAGUCUGAUGGAAUCGAUACAGUAUAUCUAGUAGGAGGGUUUGGAGGGUGUAAGUUUGUUAGUGAAAGGAUAAAAGUAGCUAUCGCUGAGCAUUGUGGUAUUCUUUAUGAUAACAUAGAGUGUCCUGUACAACCAGAUCUUGCUGUUGUAGUAGGAGCAGUAAUGUGGAGGAAAGAUCUUAACAUAAUCCAAUCACGUGUUGCUGAUGCUACCUAUGGGGUAGGAUGUGCUCCUGAAUUUGACCCAUCAAUACAUGAUGAGCAUUACAAGUUUGUAGAUGAAGAUGGUGUUCUACGUUGUAACAAUGUCUUUGAGGUAUUUGUGCUCAAAGGAGAAGAGAUAAAGGAUGAAGUAUACAAAACCACACUAAUACCUGCUUCUCAAAGCAGCACACAAACUUCUAUCCCUAUAUACUGUACAACAGAUGAUGGAGUUCAGUAUACAAGGGAUAAAAAAGGUAAACCAACAGUACGUGAGAUUGGCCAGCUAAUACUUGAUAUUCCUAAUCCUGAAAAUCUACCAAGAAAAGAGAGAGGGUUUGACGUAUUUAUGGAUUUCAGUGGUACAGAGAUACAAGCAAGAGCUCAGUAUCGUAUCACUGGAGAAGAAGUGAAAACAGUUUGUGACUUUCUAUCAAAACAAGACUAA